AUGAGCCCUAUAAAAAUUCUUGUUCUCGGCCUCUUUUCCCGCUCACUUUGUGUUUUGGCACAAGAAGAGCCGUAUGUGGAUCCCAAGAACGACCUCCAAAACCGAAGCAUUUGCUAUGCUAUCGGACUUUUCUUGAGACUACCGUUCGCCGCGGAUACACACAACUUAGGCAUGUUUAUAUGUAUGAAUACGAUCAUUGUGCUAUCACCUUGUGCAUUCAUUGCCACGGUAUAUAUGCUACUGGGCCGGUUGGCUUUACAUCUGGAUGCCGACGAGUACCUACUGGUCAAAGCAAAAAUCAUUACAAAACUGUUCUUGACAUCAGAUAUUGUCACCUUGCUUAUUCAGGCAGCUGGAGGGUCGAUGGUAACAAAUAGGGACCUGAGUGAAGUUGGUAACAAGAUUCGCUCCGUGUUUCGAACGGUCGAACACAGUCAGGGAUUUAACGGUCAUCUCGCUACAACUGAAUCGUACUUCUACGCGCUUGAUGCACUACCACUGUUUGUCAGUAUCCUUGACUUGGCCACCUCUAUAUAUUGGGGGACCUAUGUCGGCCAAUCAGCAACGCCGUUCCAGUUUAAAUUCCGGAGUGCCCUAUGA